CCACGCAGCCUCCUGUAGGUGGCAACAGUGCCACCUGUUUGACCGGUGGGGGCUGAGCCAAGGACUAGAAGAGGGAGGAGGCAGACAAACUCGGGAGAGGAGCUGGGAAGCAGUGCAGUGCAGAGCAGAGCGCAGAGCUGAGCGGAGCUGCCGCUGAGACAAGGCCCUCACCAUGGCCGAGUCCCCCGGCUGCUGCUCCGUCUGGGCCCGCUGCCUCCACUGCCUGUAUAGCUGCCACUGGAGGAAAUGCCCCAAAGAGAGGAUGCAAACCAGCAAGUGCGACUGUAUCUGGUUUGGCCUGCUCUUCCUCACCUUUCUCCUCUCCCUGGGCUGGCUGUACAUCGGGCUCAUCCUUCUCAAUGACCUGCACAACUUCAAUGAAUUCCUGUUCCACCACUGGGGACACUGGAUGGACUGGUCCCUGGCAUUUCUGCUGGUCAUCUCUCUACUUGUCACAUAUGCAUCCCUGCUAUUGCUCCUGGCCCUGCUCCUGCGGCUCUGUGGUCAGCCUCUGCAUCUGCACAGUGUCCACAAGAUGCUGCUGCUGCUCAUUAUGCUUCUUGUGGCCGCUGGCCUUGUGGGACUGGACAUCCAAUGGCAGCAGGAAUGGCGUAGCUUACGUCUGUCACUGCAGGCCACAGCCCCAUUCCUGCAUAUCGGAGCAGUUGCUGGUAUCACCCUCCUGGCCUGGCCUGUGGCUGCUACCUUCUACCGUGUCCGUCGAAGAGGUCCCAAGACUCUGCUCCUGUUCCUAUUUUUUGGAGUUUCCCUGGCCGUCUACCUGGCCCCACUAUGCAUCUCCUCACCCUGUAUCAUGGAGCCCAGAGACUUACCCCCCAAGCCUGGUCUGGUGGGACACCGAGGGGCCCCCAUGCUGGCCCCCGAGAACACCCUGAUGUCCCUGCGGAAGACCGCCGAAUGUGGAGCUGCUGUGUUUGAGACCGACGUGAUGGUCAGCUCUGACGGGAUCCCCUUCCUCAUGCAUGAUGAGCACCUAAGCCGCACCACGGAUGUGGCCUCUGUGUUCCCAGCCAGAACCUCCUCCCACAGCAGCGACUUCUCCUGCGCUGAACUGAAGAAGCUCAAUGCCGGGACCUGGUUCCUAGAGAGGCAACCCUUCUGGGGGGCCAAGCGGCUGUCAGGCCCUGAUCGGAAGGAGGCUGAGAACCAGUCAGUACCAACGCUGGAAGAGCUGCUAAAGGAAGCCGCAGUCCUUAACCUUUCCAUCAUGUUUGACUUGCGCCGCCCCCCACGAAAUCACACAUACCAUGACACAUUUGUGAACCAGACCUUGGAGACCGUGCUGAGCGCAAGGGUGCCCCAAGCCAUGGUCCUUUGGCUACCAGAUGAAGAUCGGGCCAAUGUCCAACAACGGGCACCCAGGAUGCGCCAGAUAUAUGGACAGCAGGGAAGCAACAGAACUGAAAGACCCCAGUUUCUCAACCUCCCCUACCAAGAUCUGCCGCUGUUGGAUAUCAAGGCACUGCACCAGGAUAAUGUCUCGGUGAACCUAUUUGUGGUGAACAAGCCUUGGCUCUUUUCCCUGCUCUGGUGCGCAGGGGUGGAUUCGGUCACCACCAAUGAUUGCCAGUUGCUGCAGCAGAUGCGUUACCCCGUCUGGAUCAUCCCCCCUCAAACCUACCUAAUGAUGUGGAUCAUCACCAACUGUGUCUCUACCCUGUUGCUUCUGUGGACCUUCCUCCUCCAAGGGAGAUGUAAGAAGGAGAGAGAGAAAACUGGCUUAGAAACAGCAGUGCUGCUGACCAGGAUCAACAAUUUCAUAAUGGAGUGAAUGCCCAACCCUGGAUCCCCACCAACCAGAAUCUUGAGGCCUGUCUGGAUUGACUAACCACAAGGAAGGGAGAGUGGCUGAGUGGGGAUGGGGUGGGGUAAACUUUGCCAACGGAAGGUUUUGAACUAUGAGGGCAUGCGGCAAGCUUCCACGGAGUCUGGCUCCCCCUUAGGGUUUUGACCUGAGGUCGUUGGGAAGACAGGGAGUCACGGGAAGUUUCUCCUGAAAUGAAACUAGAACAGAGAAAGUGGGAAGGAGGUUGCCACGAUAAUGUUUCAGAUCUGCGUGCACGUGUUCUUGUGUAGAAGGCAUAGGGUGUGUCAGGGAUGGACCAGCUUGGACCAGUGACUGGAGGAGAUGACAGAACGGCCUUUCCUAGAGAACUAAGAUGAUGGAAACACCAAUCCCACUCCAUUCACUGUCUCUCCUGACCCCUGCAAUCUAACUGCUUUCCUGCCUAGAUGCUGGGGGCUGAAGAGCCCAUGUAGCCAUUUAAUUCUGUGCCCAUAGGUGGCUUUUUGCUGUUCACAGCCUUUUCUUCAAGACAGGUUGGCUCCUCCUAUGUUGUUAAUCUUGUUACUCAAUAAAUUUAACUCCCAUUU